AUACUUGUAGCGGGAAUUGGAAAACCUCACCAACCCACCGGACGCCGCUGCUCAGCAACACCAACUACCAACUACCAACUACCAAGACAUGCAUAUUUGAGUGCGAGAGGAGCAAUCAAAGCAGCAAUGAUACUCUGUUUAUCCAGUCUUUCAGCUCCAACCCCUCACCUUUUAUUGAAUGAAUUUUCUCACUCUUUUAAGAGUCCCCAGCUUCCUCCUCUGCAGAAAAGACAGCCCGAUGGGUCUCCAAGAGCUUCUAGAGUUGUUGCUUACUACGGAUUGAAGAAACCUCCGUAUAAACUUGAUGCUUUGGAGCCGUAUAUGAGUCAGAGAACAUUGGGUCAUUGGGGAGGCCAUCAUCAAAACUAUGUGGAAGGUCUGAACAAACAGCUAGAGAAGAGUGACAUACUAUAUGGCUGCACUUUCGAUGAACUUGUCAAAGCAACAUAUAAUAAUGGGAAUCCUUUACCUGAAUUUAAGAACGCUGCUCAGGUCUGGAAUCAUGACUUCUUUUGGGAGUCCAUGCAACCGGGAGGAGGAGACAUGCCCCAACUGGGUGUCCUUCAGCAGAUAGAAAAGGAUUUUGGUUCGUUUACUAAUUUCAGAGAGAAGUUUACAGAAGCAGCACUUACACUAUUUGGGUCUGGCUGGGUUUGGCUUGUUUUAAAGAGAGAAGAGAGACGACUUCAGAUAAUUAAAACUUCAAAUGCCAUUUGCCCAAUUGUUUGGGGUGACGUACCUAUAAUCAGUUUGGAUCUGUGGGAGCAUGCUUAUUAUCUGGAUUACAAGAAUGACAGAGGAAAGUACGUGGAUGCGUUUAUGAACCAUCUUGUGUCUUGGAAUGCGGCAAUGGCACGCAUGGCUCGAGCUGAGGCCUUUGUGAAUUUAAACGAACCUAACAUCCCUGUGGCUUAGAAGGCUUGUAACACCGGCAAGAUACUGAGACUAACUAUUAUGAAGAGGCUUCCUAAUGAGUUUAUUGGGAGUCCAGCGGGGGUUGAGCUGCAUUAGGAUCAUAUCUUCCAUAAAAAGGUGUAAUGCCGGUUUUUUCCCAUUGGUGUCACAUCUACAACGAUUUUGGUACGAGAUAUGCAACCACCUUAGAGAGUAACAGUAGAUUAGAUAAAGCGUAUGAACACGCUUAUGUUGCGUUCUGUAAUAGAACAUAACAAGUGUUUCUGUUUUGAUUAACGUAGAUUUCCUCUCUAUUAGCUCUCUUAUUACGUUAUGUAACGCAUGGUUUUUACUUUUUA